AUGGCAAAGACUAGGUCGACUGAAGAGACUUUGAAGGAACAACGAAACUUAAAGGAUGAAUGCCAAAAUGAACUGAAGUCCACAAAAUCUUUGCAGAGUCAACUGGUAGACCGCUCGAGCUUGGAAAAUUUGCAAUACCAACUCCAACAAGAGGAAGAAAAGGUUAAAACUUGCAGGGCGAGUUUGAGGGAAACUGAUCAGACAUUAGGGAAGGAAAAAAGGUUAAAGGAAGAAUGCCAAAAUGGAAAAAACCAACUAUCGCAAGAACUGGAAUCCACAAAAUCUCUGCAGAGCCAACUGGUAGACCGUUCAAGUUUGGAAAAUGUGGAAUCUAAAUUGAAAAAUAUGGAAAAACAACUCAAGCAAGAGGAGGGAAACGUUGAGUCUUGCAGGGCAAGUGCUAAGACAACGGAAGGGUCGUUGGCGCAGCAACAAAGUUUAACACAACAAUGCCAAAAUGAGCGACGAAAGUUUAGAAAAAUAGGUCAAAAAUAUUAUCAUAUUGAGAAUUCUGAAGGAAAUACUUGGUUUGGCGCCCUACAAAGAUGUGCCGAAUGGGGUGGACAUUUGGUUAGUUUUCAAAAUGAACAUGAGUGGAAUUCCGUAAGAGCAGCACUUAAAAUCUAUGGAUCCUAUUGGAUUGACAUAAACGAUUUAAACAGGGAGGGCACUUUUGUAUCAGCUACAUCUGGUAAUAGUCCCAGUUUCGUCAGAUGGUAUCGCGGAGAACCGAACAACGGAUUUGCUGGUACAGAACAUUGUGUAGAACUUGGAUAUAAUCAACAAUUUCAUAUGAACGAUGGUCGAUGCCAUUUGAGAAAUAACUUUAUAUGCGAAUCGAAUAAUGAGCGUGUAUUUAAUUAUAAUGCAUGA